CCACACCACACCACUUUGAGCCUCUUCUAGAUUUCUCCUCUCCGCCGCUGGCAAGCUCCCAUUUGAUCGAGUUCGGCCCCGGAUUCAGUCUUGUGGUAAUCGGGUUCUUAGAGAGAGAGAAUGGACAAGGUAACGAGAUGCGCGUCGGAGCAAGGGGUGGUGAUAUUCAGCAAGAGCUCAUGCUGCUUGUGCUAUACGGUGACCAUCCUGUUCCGGGACCUUGGGGUCCAACCCCGGGUGUACGACAUCGACCACGACCCCGAUUGUCGGGAGAUAGAGAAGGCCCUGGUCAGGCUUGGUUGCAGCGCACCCGUGCCCGCAGUGUUCAUAGGGGGCAAGCUCGUCGGGUCCACCAACGAAGUCAUGUCCCUCCACCUCAGCGGCUCGCUCAUCCCCUUGAUCAGGCCCUACCAGGCCCAGCCUUCAGCAAUCUAAUCAAAUCAAAUUGAUCGGGAGUGGUUACAGUCUCCCUAGAUUGUUGGUGCAGCUAUGUAUGAAAGUGGAUGUGUAAGUGUAACUUUUAGAUGUGCAAUUUGGGGAAUAAGGUAUAAGCUAGGGGUUUGCCUGAUGAUCAAGAUCAAUUUAUGAUAAGCUGGUUAGUGUUGUUAUGAAUUGUAUGUAUUGUGGGUGUGUUAUUAGCGUUUUUAGUUGCUUGGAGUAGUGUUGUGGGCUAGUCCCUUUGAUUUAGAAAAUCUAUAUAUAAAGAAAUUAGCCAACAUAUAUAUUAA